UGUCAUUUGACGGAAUCAUUUUAUUCAAAAUAUUUCUUUCAAUUUUCGCGCCAAAUCAGUAUUAAAUAGAAGAUACAAAAAAUUGUGUUGUAAUUAUUGUAAGUCUCAUUGCCAGAAAAAAAGGUCACUGUUAAUACUAUAUUCGAAAAUGGAUUUUUCACGUCGUAGUCGUUUACGACCGGAAAUUCAUUCCAAUCUAGAUUCCGUACUGGAAUGGCUCAUUCCUCAUAACGUAUCUCUGUACGUAAUCCCACCGAUGGUCGAUCUGACCAUUCUUGAGUUCGAAUCUCUAGCAUUAGAACGUUUGAAGGUUUUACGAAUUUUGGAGCAGGCAACUCUUAAAAAUCUUAAGCCGAUGUCGGAAGAAGGACGCGAAUAUGUUAUGAACGAGUUAAACAGCGAAGGUCUGAAACACUACGUCAGGCUUUGUCAAGGAAAUCAUUCCAAGGAACAAGAUAUUUCCGCUAGAAGGAAAGAUUAUUUAUCUCACUUCAUUCUAAGGUUUGCUUACUGCCGGUCGGAAGAACUAAGAAGAUGGUUUAUCGCGCGAGAAAUGGAGUUGUUUCGUCUUAAGUUUGCUGGCCUUUCAUCACAGGACGUUAAAGAUUUCGUUCAAAAAUACGAGAUGAGUUAUAUGCCACUAACCCCAGAACAAAAGGAUGAAAUAAAGGAUGGACUGUACGAAAGUACAGUUUAUCAAAGCAUUGUUCAGAUCGAAGCAAUGGAUUUCUAUCAAGUACGCUUCACAGAUGUACUGGAUUUGGUUCGUGGACGGAAGUGUUAUUUGAAGGGAGGUUUUGCGUAUGUUGGUGCUGCCGAUUUCAUUUCAAUUAUCGCGAAUAAACAUUUGCAAUAUAUAGAAGACGGCUUACAAGCUCAUCUUCGGUUGUUGCCUGAAUUGGAGAACGAUGAGCGAUUCUCGAUUUUGAUUAAAAACCUCCAUACUUCGUAUACAGGAAAGGAUUAUACUGUAUCAAAAGCUGGAUCUGUACCAAUUGAAAGUUUAGAUCAACUGUCGAAAAAAUCAUUCCCGCUUUGUAUGCGGUACUGUCAUGAUACCUUGAAGGCCAAACAUCAUCUGAAACAUGGAGGGCGAAUCCAGUACGGAUUGUUCUUGAAAGGUAUUGGAGUGACUAUGGAUGAUUCUUUGCGUUUCUGGAGAGAAGAAUUCACACGUGGGACAAUUCCUUUGGAGAAGUUCGAGAAAGAAUAUGCCUACAACAUACGAUUUAACUACGGAAAGGAAGGUUCGCGAAUCAAUUAUACACCGUACUCUUGCAUGAAAAUCAUCAGUUCGAGCGUUGGUCCCCAGGACACACACGGUUGUCCGUUCAAAAUAUGGGAUCCGUCUGUUAUUAAAACCCAGUUAUCUUCUUAUGGUUUAAGCGUUGCACAUGCGGACGAAGUUGCUAGUUAUGUCAGCAAAGGACACUAUCAGUUAGCAUGUGGGAAGUAUUAUGAAAUAGUGCAUCAAAACAAACUGGAUGAAGGAAUCAAUCAUCCGAAUCAGUACUUUGAUCUCAGUCAGAUCACAAUGGGAGCGCGGGCUCCGAAAGUAAAAUCGACGGGUGGCAACCGUAGAACGGUAAACAGCGCCAGUCAAGAUGCUUCGAACGUUGUGCGUGGGCAAGAUACGAGUGUAUUGAACGCUGAUGACGACGUCGAACUCUGGGAGUUGAUGGAGAAUAACGAGAAAGAUGUCAACGAAUGCGACAAACCAGGAAGUUUAACUCUGAGCAAUGAGUCAAAAUUACCAAUAAAAACAGAUUCUCACCAGACAAGUGAAUGGGGCGACGACGACGACGAUGAUUUCGAUGUUAGCCAUGUGAAUAUAGAUUAAGGUUUGUUCAAUUUUUCAUUACAAGUUAGAUUACCUAUCA